CCAUGUCAAAACGGAAGUUGGUAUCACAUGUGUUCACUGAUGAAUGUAGGCCGAUAGCUAACGCGUUUACAUCUGAUACACAUAAUUUGGUUUUAAUUGUAAAAUAGGAUUUAAACAUUUAAACGUUAUACACAAUGUCGGCGUCAAUGGUACGGAGAGGGCUGGAGCUACUAAGCGAAGAUUUAAAAGAUGUACACAGCGGGCAAAAACAGAAGAAGCGCAAGGCAGGAGCAUCUGCGAGGGACCUGAUCAGCUCGAACAGGCAGGGAGUCAGCAAACAGCUCCGUAGGCUGCAGGGGCACCAGGGGGCAGCAAAGAGCAAGGCCACAGUGAAGGACAAGCGUGUCAAGUCUGCCAUUGAUGAGUACAGGAAGAAACAGGCAAAAAGCCAUCUUAGCUCCAACCUGCAGUACUUUCUUGGAACUAGCCAUUCAACAAAACAGAGUGCAACCCAGAAGAUCGUCAAUCAGAAUUCUGGUCGACAGUCAAGGUAUCGUCCAGAUCGGCCAGCUGUCAAACCAAAAGAAGAGAAAUCAAUCUUCACAGAGGAUGAAUUCCAGCAAUUCCAGAAGGAAUACUUUGGCAAAAUUGUGGAGGGUGGAAGCUGAGAAGAGACUCCGGAAGCUCAUGAACUUCCAAUGUGAUGCGUGCGUGUCUCAAAGGACUGCUCAGACUUGGGAAUUGUGUACUGACUGGAAUGGGGCUGUCAAGUCAUGGAGCCACACUGCUCAAAGAAUAAUGGCAAUAUUUUGAGUAGGUGGCUUUCCUGAAGACAGAAAUGUUAUCUUCCAGUCACUGAUGGAUUAAGGACAGCCUGGACAAUGUCGUUUCUAUGGAAGCUUUUUCAGUGCUCUCAUGGCUGACUACUCUUUGCUGUAUCUCAAACAUGUUUUCACCACAUGGCUGUGUAUUGUAGUAAUGAAAUUAAAAAUGUCAUGACUCCA